AUGGAGAGCUUGAUGCUGCCCAGCACAACCUUGACUACCCCAACAAAAUCCCGAGACAAACUCGAAAAAUCAAAAAUCAUUUCCAGAAACGGGCCGCCGAAGCUCACAGGGGACGACUAUUUGAAGCGCCUCUGUAAACUAGGUCGACUCACCGAAGCAAUUUCGUAUUUAGAAACUUGUUCUUCCAGGGUAAGGCACAGCACUCUCUCCCACCUGAUUGAAUCCUGCAUUCAUGCCAAUUCGCUCGAAUUGUGCUCUAAGCUCCAUGCCCGCGUCAGGAAUUUGGUCAAAUCCCCAGGCCUGUAUCUCGAAACCAAAUUGCUGAGCAUGUAUGCAAAAUGCGGCUCCUUGGUUGAUGCCUUUGCGAUGUUCGACGAAAUGCCUGAGAAGGAUUUAUUGGCUUGGUCCGCUAUGAUCGGGGCCUGUUCGAGGGAGAAGAAAUGGAAUCAUGUGGUCGAGCUAUUCUAUAGGAUGAUGGCGGAUAGUGUUGUUCCGGAUGAUUUCUUGCUCCCCAAAAUCUUACAGGCUUGUGGGAAUUCUGGUGAUGUGGAGACAGGGAGCCUCAUACAUGGGAUAGCUAUUAAAUCCGGGAUGUUGAGGGGGAUUCGAGUAAGUAAUGCGAUACUUGCAGUUUAUGCUAAAUGCCAGUGGUUAAACUCUGCCGAGAAGUUUUUCAAAGGGAUGCAGGUGAUCGACAGAGUUUCUUGGAAUUCAAUGAUUUCGGGAUACUGUCACAAAGGAAAGAUAGAGGAUGCAAGGAGGUUGUUCGAUUCGAUGCGCCAAGAAGGUCUUGAACCUGAUGUGAUCACCUGGAAUGUAUUGAUUUCGGGGUGUAAUCAGUUCGGAAAAUGUGAUAUUGCAAUGAGCCUUUUGAAUGAGAUGAAGAGCUCCACAGUCAAGCCUGAUGUGUAUACAUGGUCGAGCAUGAUUGCGGGUUUUGCUCAAAAUAACAGAAGGUUAGAAGCUCUGAAAUUGUUUGAGGAGAUGCUUUCGACUGGGGUUGAACCGAACGAGGUCGCCCUGAUGAGUGCCGUCUCUGUAUGUUCAUCUCUGAAAGACAUUGGUAAAGGGAAGGAAGUUCAUUCAGUAGCGAUGAAAUUGGGUUAUGGUGAGGAUACACUUGCAGCAAAUUCGCUCGUUGAUAUGUAUUCCAAGUGUGAGAGCCUUGAAUCUGCCCGACAGGUCUUCGAUUCAAUCCCAUCGAAAGAUGUUUACACUUGGAAUUCAAUGAUCAGUGGUUAUUACCAAGCUGGCUAUUGCAGCGUUGCGCAUGAACUUUUCAAACGGAUGCAAGAAGCCGAAAUCUUGCCAAAUGUCAUCACAUUGAAUGUGAUGAUCACAGGGUACAUGCAAAAUGAGGAGGAGGAUCAGGCCAUGGAUCUUUUCCGUAACAUGGAGAAGAAAUGGGAUGUUAAACCCGACACUGCUUCGUGGAAUGCUCUUAUCGCUGGCUAUGUAUAUCACGGCGAAAAAACUAAAGCAUUUGGGAUCUUUCGGCAGAUGCAAUCCGCUGGGGUCAAGGCUAAUUCAGUCACUAUUUUGAGCAUCUUACCUGCUUGUGCAAAUUUAAUUGCAACGAAAAAGGUACGAGAAAUCCAUUGCUAUGUGUUGCGAAGAAAUUUAGAGUCUGAGCUUUCGACUUCAAAUGCUCUAAUAGAUGCUUACGCCAAGUCCGGGAACCUACCGUUCUCGGCAACCAUAUUUGGUGGAAUGUCACACACAGAUAUCAUCACUUGGAACACAAUGUUAAGUGCUUAUGUUUUGCACGGGCGUUCGCUGGAGGCGAUUGAUAUUUUCGAUCGUAUGGGGAAGCUCGGGUUUAGAUCAAUUAGAAGUACAUUUGCCAGUAUGAUUUCGGCUUAUGGGGCAGCUAAAAUGGUUGACGAAGGGAUAGAUUUUUUCAACAAUAUGACUAGCAUGUCGCAGAUUGUACCAUGCUUGGAUCAUUAUGUUGCUAUGGUGAAUUUGUAUGGCUAUUCGGGUAAGGUCGACGAAGCAUUUGAGUUCAUCCGAGGUAUGAGUGUUCAACCAAAUGUCUCGAUCUGGUCUGCCUUCCUAACCGCCUGUUGUAGGCAUAAACAUGUAACGUUGGCGAUCCAUGCUGCGGAGAAUCUGCUUCAACUUGAACCGGACAGCAUUCCCAUCCAAAGGCUGCUGUCAAAGCUUUACGACUCGUGUGGGAUCCCGGUGAAGAAAAAACGGGGAAUAACACGAGCAAUCGUGAAGAAACGUAUUGGGAAGAGCUGGAUUGAACACAAGAACGUAGUCUAUACUUUCAUAUCCGGCGACAUUCAACAAAUGGGCGUUGAAUCCGUGUCUUCUUGGAUUAAAAGCAUGGAGGCAAAAGAUAAGGGAUUGAAAAUCAAAGAGACGAUUAGCAUCGAAGAGGAGGAGGCCAAGGCGACGGGAGGGGUUCAUAGUGAGAAACUUGCACUUGGUUUUGUUCUUAAUCAGUCUUCCCGACCAGUUGGGAGUAUCAGAAUUGUCAAGAAUCUGAGAAUGUGUGAUCACUGCCAUAGGUUUGCAAAAUUGGUGUCUAAGAACAGUGGCUGUGAAGUAUACAUUAGUGAUUCUGCACGAUUGCAUCAUUUUAAAGAUGGGAUCUGUUCUUGUGGGGAUUUCUGGUAGAUACACUCCAAAGUGGAAACUAUGUGGAUAAAGUCGAUGGAAAUUUCAGUCUCAAGAACCGUUGACGACAGCAACAAGGCAAAUUUGAUAGAUAGAUAGAUGGAGAUAGUUAGAUACACUAAACUAGAGAUGAGAGAGGCAGCUUAUUUGAAGAUCUAGUACGAGAAUGCAUUUGUCAUUCAUGCGGAGGCUGAUCCGCCAUUGAUGCCUUGCACCCCAACAGAGUUCAACAGCUGCAUUCCCUCUUCGCCCAUCUGCUUCACUUCCGACGGCGACAGAAUUCUGAUGCAUUUGACGCAGCCCACGAAUUCCCUGCAAUAACACGAGUCGCAUCAGGUUCGAUACUGUCACUUAAACAAGUGUUCUGAUGUAAACAGGAAAUGCGAACUUACGCCCAGGGAUCAUCGCCUACAAGAAGGACGUCGCUCUCAAAAUCCACAUAGACCAGUUUCCAUCCCGAGCUUAAGUCGUUCAGCAGUCCCUCGAGACCAAACAUUCGCUCGAUUUCAGCUCGUAGCUCAUCAUAGUUCUUGAAAUUCGACACGUCGAUAGACCUUCCAACAGAACCAGCCUUCUGAAUCUGUAACAAAACGUUUCAAUGAUUCAUUCUUUCAGGUAGUGAGGAUGGAAAGUUUCAAAGUCGAGCCCGGAAGAAAACAAUACCUUUGUAUAAGUUCGGAAUCUCGGAGUGACUUGCUUCCAUGAGCCAUGCUGCAGAAUGUUGUUAUCCUCAAAAUCGACAUUGCUUGAAGACGCCCCACCUGAGUUGUCGGCAAAUUCUUGCCGAGAGAAUGUCUGAGAAUCUGCCAGGCUCGCCGACGUUAUCUGGGAUUGGACAUCUUGGUUCACACAGAAGUUUCCGACAAGAUAUUCAGACGGGCUCCGGAAGUCUGCAUUCUUGAGUGCACAGAAAUCGUCUAAAACCACACUAGAAACCGACGGAUCAAUCACUGUGCUACCACUGUUACUACCGUCGAGGUUGAAACAGCUAUACAAGUCAUUAUGGUUGCCACACGAACUAUACUGAAAGCUCGACAUGUCUUGAACAGGGAACAGCGUAGGCAGAUUGGGCUCAGGAACACACUUUGUACUGUUAUAAUUCGGAUCCCACAAAUCUUGGCCGAUAGAAGGCAGCACGGAGUAAGCAGCAGCAUUUGAAGUCGAAGAAGGCUGAUCAGAUUUCUUAAAAACGGGCAAAGAUCCCGAGUUCCUAAGAGAGCCACAAGGAGACAAACACAUCGGAGGAUACGAGGUAAAUUCGACCUGUCCCGGAAACUGAACCAAGUUAUUUGUGCCAGCAGAAGAACUCUGAGUUUGAACAACAUGGGAGUCGAGCGGCGCUUGCGCAGCCCACAUUGAUGUCUGCAAAGGUAAAGCACCACCAGGUUCCUCCAUAGCUGAAAACUCACCUACAAGAUUUUGCUGAUCCAUUGAUUUCACAGGAAGUUUAUCCUCGUCGCGCUGUCCGUGGGACUGAAACUGGCUUCCUCCCUGAUCCGUCACGUGUGUAUUGUUGUCCGGAAGCACUGGUUUUCCUGGAUCUGAUGCAUUCGUGUUCGAUAUGUGACUGGUUUCGCCUUGUGGGAAUACAUCUUGUCCAAUGGCCUCGGCUUUAUGCUCAACUGCUGACUGCAUUAGAGCCUCGGACUCUAUUGGAGCACCUUCUUUAACUUCUUGCAUGAAAGGCGCAGUGUUUGCAGGCGAGAGAAUUCUCGGAGGUUUUGCAAGGAGCUUCAGCAGUUGAUCCGACCACAAACUUGAUGCCGGGGCACAUGGAAGAUCGCCAUAUGAAUUGUCCGGUGCACGAAGGAAUGGCCUAUUCAUCAUAGUCUCCCAUUCAGUUUGUUGUCCUGUGAUGAGAAAGAAAACUACUGCAGCUUAGAUGAAGUGAUCGAAGAACACGACACUAAAGCCUUGCACGAUUCGGGAAAAUUACCGAGGAAAGCAGAGUUGAAAGGACGUUUGAAAUUGGCAGCUAGAGACGGAAAUAUGAAGAGGCUUUCGGGUGUUUCGAUCUCCCAAGGACUCACUCGGUUUUGCUUGUCGCCACAGCCGGGCUCAUCCCACUCCACCUGUGACCCCAAGAUAAUCCUCAUCGAAAGAAAAUUCGAUUGCAUUCGGAGAUACAUCUAUAACUGAGAUCAAUCAAAGAUACCUGAAGACUACGCCACUUUGAAUUCGGCCAUCUCAAUGGAUCAAGGUCGCUAAUACCGGUAAUUGUCCCCAUAUAUCUGAAGAUCGAAAGAGAUACUUAAAGGAAUGCAAAGCCAGAGGAUACAGAGAAUACGAAGAACUCAAACCUACCUUCGUUUGCUCGAUUCUUCGGUUUCAAACAUCAUUCCAAACCUCAUCCCAAUUGAGAGCUGAGUACCAUAAAUUGCUUUCCGAUACUUAGCAAAUGGCACGAUGAAUUCCGAGGGGCAUGCUCUGCGAAAACAUACGAAACCAUUGAGCUUCACUCUGCGAGGAAUGAAAGAUCAUAAGGUUAAGUAAAUCGCAAGAACCUCGGAUUGUAGAAGAUCGUAAAGGGACUUCUGCUAGAAGCAGCAUGUGCAGCCGCAGCAAGGAUUCCGAUGUGCAUGCUGUCGGCAGAGAGUACGGAAGACGGCAGAGUUGUUUGCUGGCGGUUAACUCGCCGCACUCCGAGCAGAAGCUGAGACUUUUCAUCUCUGCAGUUCGACAAAUGGAUACCGAAUAAAUGUUGCCGAAACAAAUGUAUACAGACAGACACUCGCACAGGUACCUGAUAAAGAGAACUGCAUCGCCAGCUCGAAGACGUUUAGCGCUGACGAACAUACUCCAACCCGUCGUAAGAAGAUGCCGCUUAGGCUGCCCUAAAAAUGAUCGAAAGUGUCGAGAAAGUCAUAAAAAGGUCUCAACUUUACAGCACAAUCUAAUAAGAACACGUCGCGGCAAAGUUACCCCGGUAAAUAUGACGGAAAGUCCAUGUAUUGUCAUGCAAAUCGCGGACGACGAGCUCCUGAUUUGGAGGCUGCAUCGAGUAAUCCUUGACACGAAAAUUAAGUCGACAGGUUAAUUCAUCAAUUCAUAUGUAAAUGUCUGACAUAUUGAAUUAUCGCUAAGGUCGAAAUCGUCGUACUAAUUGUGGGAAUAGUUUCUCCGCCGCUCUUCGAGGAACCGAGAAGCCACCGUGAGUACUUGUAUCGCUGGCUGUCAAGGUUUUGCAGAAGAACUCCGCCGGAUGUUUGUUGGGCUUAAAUCCGAAGUCGGGCAUCGGGAUGACAUCCUUCUCCUGAACAAAGAUCGACAAAACAAGGCUGCAGGCUCAUCUGGGCGUAAAUUUCAUCGGUGUCCUUGUCGGCCUAUUCGAUUAGGACAACGACGAAGCAAAGACAGUUAGACUAACUAACUAACUACCACGACUGGUAAGAACAAUCGAAUUAUGUCAAAAAAGGUCAUACAUGUAAUGUAACAUUGUGAACUUGGCAUAGAAGCUGAGGGGGUAAGUUCGGGUAAUUCGGAAUCUGUGCAGUUGCAGUUCGAUUUGUCGAAACAGCUACCUGCAAUUUGUAAACAAUUUUCAUUUGAACAUCAAGAUUACAUUGUAAGAACACAAAUAUUUUGUCUUGGAAAGUGUCUGCUGUCGUAAAUCAAA